CGAUUAGUCUGUCUGGCACCACGUGACGGAGAACCUAGGCCCGCCCUUCUCCAAAGGCUCCGGGGGACUAAGGCCCCAGCCCUCCAUUCUCGGGCUGUUUAUCCGUGUGCCCGGUGCACGACUCCUCCUGCCGCCCCGACCGAAGGGCCCAGCGCUGCGCAAGAGAGAAAAUCAAUCAGUGGAGAAGGCUGGGCUGGACCCCCGGAGAGCGGCAAAGCAGCGGAUAGGCGUGCCAGGAGCGGAUGCCGGCUCCGCGUCCCUGGCAGUUAGCAGGACAGGUUGCUGAAGGGGCCUUGACGGGUCGCCGUGACGACGGGGGCGGGACGGCGCGGCGAGCGGAGUUGUUAGGUGCCUGUCCGUGUGCGUUCGGCCGCUGAGCUGCUGCGGGCUCGUUCCUCUGCGCACGGAGCGGCGAGGCUUCCGCGGCCGCCGUGUUAGCUAGGACCCUGCGGGUGUGUCCUCCCCGCUUCGGCCAUGCCCACUGUGCUGGGUUUUGAAGGCAGCGCCAACAAGAUCGGCGUGGGAGUGGUGCGGGAUGGCGCGGUGCUGGCAAACCCGCGGCGCACUUACGUCACGCCUCCGGGCACGGGAUUUCUUCCAGGUGAUACUGCCAGGCACCACCGAGCUGUUGUUCUGGACUUGCUGCAGGAGGCACUAACAGAGGCUGGCUUAACCUCCCAGGAUAUUGACUGCAUUGCCUACACCAAAGGCCCUGGCAUGGGUGCCCCACUGGUUUCUGUGGCUGUUGUGGCCCGUACUGUGGCCCAGCUGUGGAAUAAGCCAUUGCUAGGAGUGAACCACUGUAUAGGCCACAUUGAAAUGGGCCGCCUCAUCACUGGAGCCACCAGCCCAACUGUGCUGUAUGUCAGUGGAGGAAAUACACAGGUGAUUGCAUAUUCAGAACAUCGUUACCGCAUCUUUGGGGAAACCAUCGAUAUUGCUGUGGGUAAUUGUCUGGAUCGUUUUGCUCGAGUGCUGAAGAUUUCCAAUGACCCAAGUCCAGGCUACAACAUUGAGCAGAUGGCAAAGCGAGGCAAGAAGCUAGUUGACCUGCCAUACACUGUAAAAGGAAUGGACGUCUCAUUCUCAGGGAUCCUGUCUUUCAUUGAGGAUGCAGCCCAGCGGAUGCUGGCCACAGGCGAGUGUACUCCUGAGGAUCUGUGUUUCUCCCUGCAGGAAACUGUGUUUGCAAUGCUGGUAGAGAUCACAGAGCGGGCCAUGGCACAUUGUGGCUCCCAGGAGGCCCUCAUCGUGGGAGGUGUAGGGUGUAAUAUGAGGCUACAGGAAAUGAUGGAGACAAUGUGCCAGGAACGUGGAGCCCGGCUUUUUGCCACAGAUGAGAGAUUCUGCAUUGACAAUGGAGCCAUGAUAGCCCAGGCUGGCUGGGAGAUGUUUCGGGCAGGACACAGGACUCCCCUCAGUGAAUCUGGGGUCACGCAGAGGUAUCGGACAGAUGAAGUAGAAGUCACCUGGAGGGACUGACAAGGUGAACAGGAUCAGAGUAGAUAGUGCCCUAAGUGGAGCCCAUUAUCUCUCUCCUGAUGGGAGUCCUGGCCAGGUUAUGGACUCCCCAUCAUUUGAACCUCAAGGUGACUCAGCAAUAAAAUAUUUUUGGUUUUGUA